AUGUUACCCCGGAACAGCCCUCCUAUGCCCUCUGAUGUGCGUGCUCUCCAAAAACUUGGAGAGUCACAUUAUCGCAUGAAGAACUAUCGGAAAGCAAUCGAAACGUUUUCGAAGGCUAUCGAUAUUGGACGAGGAGAUGCCCUAACUUUACUUGAUAGCAGAGCUGCCGCACACUGUGCUAUUGGUAGUCUAACGCACGGCCUCCGGGAUGGAAGGCAAAUGAUCGAUACUGACAAAUAUGACGCUCGGGGAUACCUUCGCACUGCGAAAGUUCUCCAAUUGAUGAAACGCUUUGAUGACGCCAUCAGGCUCUACAAACGCGCCCUCCUUGUGCUGGACUGCAAUGCUCCCAGGCGUGCGCAAAUCGAGGUCUUAUUGUUGAAGUUAGAAACGGCAAUGACGCCCCCUAAGCGAAUAGACCCUUUUGUUGCGCUGCCUGCCGAAUUGGUGUCACUUAUACUAGAUCAUCUCGAUUUACGCUCGACCCUGAAGGCAACCUGUGUCUGCAAACGUUGGCGAAGCCUCAGCAAUGACCUGUCCAAACAAUGGCGAUGCCUGGAUCUACGUAUUGCAAGGAAACGACCCAGUCUUUCUACAAUACGAGCAUUCAUUAUGAAAACAAACGGGGGCUUGAAGGAAGCGUUUCUAUACCGUUUAAAACCGGACCUCGUGCCAAACGUUCUCGAACUUUUAUCUCGCUGCAAUACGCUAACUUCUCUCGAAAUCGGGCUGCCUAACGCGGUUAAAGGGGAUAUUCUACGUCUACCACAACUCCGAACCUUGACGCUCAUGAAAGCUAGCACUAUUUCAACAGAGACAUUUCUAUGUAUCUUGUCAUCUUGUCCUUACCUCGAGAGAGUAACGACAUGGAUCUAUCCAGGUCCGUGGACCUAUAAUACUCCACCCGUGUUCCCAAAUUUGAAGUCUUUAUCUCUGGCUUCGGUUUAUUUGCCCAAUGUCACUACAGCAUGCAUUUCUACAUGGCCUCUAUUUCGCAACGGGGACAUCAACUUUAUAUUGCCGAAUCUGGAAGAACUCCGGUUAUUUCCUAUUGGGUCAAUAGACCCUGUUCGCAUGCCAGAUCAUCCUCGCUUAAAACUAUUUCAAUAUAGUAAUGCCCGCCUGGCUGAAUUGCCAGAUCUGCCAAAAACACUCGAAUAUUUAUAUGUCGAUCAAACCAUAGUUUAUCGCGGUUCUCAGGGUGAUUCAUUCGGUCAGGUGACUGAUCUUAAAUCUGCAGAGUUUUCUCAAUUUAGUGGCUUUACACCAAAAAUCCUCAAGGAUAUACUGUCCAACAACAAGUCGUUAACGCAGUUGUCCAUUCGAUGGUGCUCUGGGAUUUUAUUUGAGGAUCUAGAUUGUCUUAUGCGCGAGGGCCUUUUUGAAUCUAUCACUCAUCUUGACAUUGCUGGCAUAACAAAUGUCAACGACGCCAUUGCGCCUCUGAUUCUUGAAAAUAUGCCCAAACUAGAAGUGCUUGAUCUUUCGCACACAAAAAUUACAGGCCUUACAGUCAAGCAAUUCUGUGACUCAGAAACGCCGAAGCUGAAAAAACUAUCUACAGAUCAUAUUGGCUUGGAUGUGGUUGAAUACGCAUCUAGUCGGGAUAUUCAAUAUGUGACUAGGAUUAGCUCCAAGGAGUGCGACGUGCGGUGGACUCAUAGAAGUCCCAACGGCUCUAUCAUAUUUGUAUGA